AUGGUUUGCAACGAGAACAAGGAGGAACCAGUAGAACAUAGAUGGAAGUGGGGGAUCGAGGAGAUUGCAGUAGUGGACCAGUACACAUACCUCGGAGUAGAGAUCGCAAAAGACUGCUCGUGGAAUGCACACAUGUCCAAGGUAGCGGAAAAGGGCAAAGCACGAGCAGGGAAGCUGCACCCAAUACUCGCAAACCGGCACCUCGAUACACGCAUCAAAUUGACGGUUUUGAAGAGCGUAAUCGUACCGCCGCUAGAGUACGCCGGAGAAGUAUGGGAAGAAUACAAGAAGGAAGUGAAAAAACUCGAGGCGGCGCAGAUGAAAGCAGCGAAAAUCAUCCUAGGACGCUCCAAGCGCACAAGGGUAGAAAAAGCCACGGAAUGGGUCAAGGUUGUAGAGGACGAAUGGAAGGGGCUCGACAUCGACGAAGAAGAUGAAACGCUGCAAACGGAGGGUCUAAAGGGGUUCCAGGACGUGGUAUACGAUAUAAACAAUGUGAAGAACAGUUGAACUAUCUCAUACAGGUUGAAAGGCACACCCUAUGUAAACAAAUCAGGGGUUUCUGACUAUCCAGGCGCGAGCCCCACCAACCCUCGUUUUCUCUCCCGUGUCCAGUUCUGUUCAGCAACCAUGUGACCUACUGCCUAACAGUCUUUUGAUCAUGUUCGACGACGGGCCACGAUGAAGUCCCCGUCGGCAUGCCAUUCUCCUCACCAGCCCUGCCGAAGCGUCCGUACAGAGACCGGAUCUUCGUUUUGUUGCCACUUGCUGUCGCACGAAAUUCAGCCGAUAGGCUAUGGCGUGGUGCAGGUUGUCUCCAACCGUUCGAUUCAUUCCAUUACUCCGACCCCUUCUUCCCGUCUCUGACUCGGCAAGGUUUUGCUUAGGCAUGAACCAUAGCGAAGGAGGGGUCUUUCUAGUGAGCAGGGCUAGACUCACCCUCAGGGACCUAAACCGUCUUGCUGCGGCGCACCCGCCGCGAGGCGUGCGUAGUGGUGGAGUUGGGUCGGCCCUGGUGCGUCAGGUGGUGACGAGCUGAUUGGGCUGGUUGACCCUUCGGCGCGAGAAUUUUGAGACCAAGAACCCUAAGUGCAACGAGGGAGAAUGCGAGGAACCGGCUGGGAAGGACAGCAACGAGAUCGUGUACGGAGCGGAGCGGGUCGAGUUUGGUCGUGCUGGGACUGGCCACAGCGGCACCGGAUAAGCGGCACCGGAGCAGCGGAACCGGAGCAUGCGGACGGCAUCGAACCGUGGCGCACGGACAAACAUCUCUUGCGUUGUCAAAUAUAUAUAUAUUUUUUUCUUAAUAUGACACAACGAGUCCAUCUCUAUCAUAGAAAAGAGUCAGAGACAGAUUAACAAUGGAAUCAUAGCGUCAGAGAAAACUACCUGUGUGUCUACGAUUUCCCAGACAGCAUAUAGGGACAUCUCCCCUGUGGGUAACAGGCUCAACAAAUCAGUUUGGUAGCUGUCUUGUGUGUCUCAUAUAUGUUAUGUUGGGAAGGUGCAGACGAAAGGUGUUGGGUACUGUUGGGUGGUCGGGCGUUUUGUGUGUCGCACCCUAUUAGUUCUAACACAUGCAAUCUCCAUCAGUUUACAAACAUAUUCUCAGUUUGGUAUGCAUAUGUGCGGAGUAUGUGCGGCUGAUGUGCCAUCUCUAUCAUAGAAAAGAGUCAGAGACAGAUUAACAAUGGAAUCAUAGGGUCAGAGAAAACUACCUGUAUGCCUACGAUUUCCUAGACAGCAUAUAGGGACAACUCUCGGGUGACAGGCUCAAAAGAUCAGUUUGGUAGCUGUCUUGUGUGUCUCAUAUAUGUUAUGUUGUGGAAUUUCAUGUCGUUAAAUGUGAGAAGGGCACGGGAGAACAUUUCUCAUCAUUGCCUCCUGAUGACGUGGUCGCCGAUAGAGGCGUGUGGUUGAUGAGGUUUCAUAACCGACAUGUGGGUGUGUGUUAAAUGCAGUGGGUGUGUUCACCUCUCUCGUCCGUGUGUAGGUAGGAGGUAUGGCUACCUCUCCCAUUUGUAGGCAGCGUGGACCAUACUUGUAAAUAUAGACAGAGUUCAUCAUUUCAUGCAUGUUACAUCAUUUGUGUUUGACAAGGGAGGAAUGAGAGGUUGUGCGUAUGGGUACGGGGGUACUCCCUGUGUCCGUGUUGUUCCCAGAUGUUGCCGCAUCAAGUGGCAGCAUGUGUCAUGGACAGGUAGACGUGGAAGGACGGCGACAGGUGAACGGCAGCAGUAGUAUGUUUUGCAUGGUGGCAUGUUGGGCUUGUGCAGAGGCGCAGUCCAUCUUCGACCACACACAAAAAAGUUUGCUCGUA